AGAUCGAAGCGAGACAGGUGACUCGUAAGCGAAGCGGCUUAUGUUCACUUCCGCACGAGUCCGCCUCCUCAACUCGGCCGAGUCGCUCCUCGUGCCACCGAUCCGGUGCCCUCGCCAUGGCUUAACUCGGUACCUUCCUCCUCUGCGACGUCUCCUGUCAAUUGGUCCUCGCCCUCCUCCCCGCUUCUCCGCUUCGUUCUGUACUUCCAGCUACUGUCUCCGCCCUCCGAUGGAUCCCGCCGGAUCCGCCUCUGCGGGGUCGGAUCCUUUCGGCGUCGACGACUACGUUCACGUCUCCAAAUCUUCGUCCAACGAGGCGGCGCUCUAUUUGGAAUCGGAACGAUCCGAGACGUUCGACUCUGAUCUCCUUCCCGGGGCCGCGGAAGGGCGAUCCUCCGAGGUGGAGCCAGAUGCGAGUGGCCUGCGAUUGGGAGAGCAGGAGGGUUCUGAGACAGCGGAGAAAAGAGUGUUACCGGAGAAAUUGGCGAAAGGCGUGGUGUUCUUGGAGUGCGAGUCGUCGGCCGAAGGUGGAUCCUGCGAUGUGUACCUCGUCGGAACCGCCCAUGUUUCUCAGGAGUCUUGCAAAGAAGUUCAAGCCAUCAUCAGUUGCUUGAAGCCUCAGGUUGUUUUCCUGGAAUUGUGUGCAAGCCGGGUUGCCAUUUUGGCGCCCCAAAAUUUUCAGGUUCCAACUAUGAGUGAAAUGAUUGACAUGUGGAAGAAAAAAAAGAUGAAUACUUUUGGAAUUCUGUACAGCUGGUUUCUAGCCAAGGUUGCUCAUAAACUAGAAGUUCUUCCAGGAGCUGAGUUCCGAAUAGCAUAUGAAGAAACAAUGGGUUAUGGAGGCAAAAUUAUUCUGGGUGACCGUCCUGUUCAUAUUACCUUAAAAAGAACUUGGGGCAAGAUGUCAUUAUGGGCUAGAACUAAAUUCUUGUUCAACAUACUUUUUCAGACAGUAUUUUUACCAAGUACUGAUGAACUAAAUAAGAUGCUGAAGGACAUGGAUAAUGUUGACAUGCUAACUCUUGUAAUCCAAGAAAUGAGCAAGGCAUUCCCAACUCUAAUGGACACUCUUCUUCAUGAAAGAGAUAUGUACAUGUCCUCCACCUUACUAAAGGUUGCAAGAGAGCACUCUUCAGUUGUUGCAGUUGUCGGCAAAGGACAUUUAGCUGGAAUAAAGAAGAACUGGAAACAGCCCAUUGAGAUGAAGCAUCUUCUGGAAGUUCCAGUACGAAGUGCAGGACCAACAAGAAAAACAAUUCUAGCAUCUGUUGCAGUUGGAUUGACUGGAAUAGCUGCUGGUGUUUAUCUUCUUGCUAAGAGAUGAUCCUUGGAAUUCAACACACAAGUCAAUUCCUAAUUUAGGAUGAAAAGGUGCUUUUGUUUUAAAUUUGUUAUUAUUAUUAUUAGUUUCGAUAGGAUCAGAUUAAAGUUGUUGGUACUUGUUAUCGUUUCAUUAUUCUGAAGUUUCUGCAGCCUUCACUUCGAAAUUUUUAAUGAGAUUAACUAAUUUUAGCUUUUA